AUGAAUUCGCAACCAUCAACAGCACCACAUGCUAACAGUUUACUGCCACAUUCACUUGUGGAGGAAUCCCUUCGUCAACAUAAGGAUAUUAUCAUACCCAUCUUUGUGUCGUUAUUAGCAUUGACAAUAUUCAUUGUGAUAAAGAUCUUUAAACUUAAAUCUUGGUCCUCAUUGAAGUAUGGCCAUGUAAUGAUAAAAACUGGAUUGAGAAAGAGGUCAAUCAUAGACAGUAGAAGACCAAGCAAAGUGUCAACAACGGCGAGUACUAGUACUGCCUUUGAAAACAAUUCUCUUCAACAACAGAAGGAAGAGAAAACUCCAUCUAUUACUCACAAGUUGUCUGAUAUUGUUAGUCAAUCGAAGAACCUAGCCGAUUUCUUUCAAAGAGUUUCUGGUAAGUCCUUUUUUAGUUCUUUUAUUAAAAAUAUCUUUAUUUACAAAUUUGAAAAUCCCUUCCUACUUAAUCACAAAGGUAUUUGUGUUUUGCAAAAGUGUAAAUAUGGCAGUUGUCAAUAUGCUGGAGUAAUGUCUGCUAUUGAUGCAAUGAAAACAUUGAAAGAACAUGGAGUUGAUCCAUUGGAUUUCUUUGGAAUUAGAUUUGAGAAUUUACAAGAGAGAAUUUUAGAUGAAAACGAUGCUUUGCAAAUUUUGACAAUUCAAUUGGCAGCUCUCACAUCAAAUGAUACUCCUGGUGGUGUUAUUGAUUAUUCAUCAAUGACCAACACCAGCUCUGUCCUUAUGAAGACUCACUCAACAACUUCAUUGCCAUCUGUUGGAUCACAUUCUAGUUUUGAAUCUACAGAAAACUUGUCUGUUUUCUAUGCUACAUCUUCCCCUCUUUCAUCACCAAUGGCAUCACCUAGAGGUGAAAAGUCUGGUUUUGAAUAUGUCACUGAGGAAAAUAAUAUGAAAUUUUCAAACAUUCAGACAGUUGAUGAAGUUUUCAAAACUAUGCGUGAUUCGUCCUUCGAUUUGUGGACAGUCUCUAGAUUGGCUUUCCAAUCAGCAUUCAAUAGAGAACUGAAUGGUUUUAUCAAUCCUACUACUUCAGAUGUUCCAGCUGAUUGGUUAACAAGAGAAAUGACCAGUGAUACUGCUUCAAGCUUUAGAACUGGUAUGGAAUGUUUCAUUCUCGAACAAAUGGGGUUCAUUAAGAAUAUUGAUGAUGCUCUCCAAGAUUUCCAAACCUAA